CCAGACCCAUCCAAAGUUGAAAAAGUUCAAAAUUAUCCAGUACCAGAAAACAUAACAACAUUACGUGAAUUUAUUGGUUUAGCUUUAUACUACCAGUGUUUUAUAAAAGACUUCACUAAAAUUCAUUUAACUACGUCACCAAUUCUCACUUACCCCAAUUUUGAUAAGCCUUUCAUAUUGUUUACUGAUGCAUCUAGUAUUGGACUUGGUGCCGUCUUAUCUCAAAAAGAUUCAGAAGGUCGUGAAAAAGUCAUUGCUUACGCUAAUAGACGUGUAAAUGAAACUGAAGCAAA